AUAGCUUGAUUCCAAAAAACAGGGUUGUUAGAAUCUAUAAAAAAACAGGCUCCAUUUGGGUGCACCUAGCCUAUAAUUUUAUAUUUACCCAAAUUUGGAGGCAAGUAUUUACCCCCAAAUGGAGGCACGCAGCCGAAAAUAUAAUUUUUAGCCUCUGCCACCUUUUUUUAGUACUUUAAAUAUGCAUAAUUUUCAAGGAAAUUUAGAUUAUCUGAUUUUUGCAACAUCAUUAGUAUGCUUAUAUUAUUGGCAUUUUGCAAUAAAUGAUUUUGAUGACUUUAAUACCUUUAUGAUUCUAAAACUUUAUUCAAAAUAUUUUUACCAUUGGUACCAUCUAAUAUUGAUAAUAUUUUGGACUAAUUUUGCAACUGGAUUGAUAAAUGUGAUGCUAACAGAUUUCAAUAUAUUUAAGCAUUCUUCAAUGAAUAGCAAAAUAUGCUUAAAAUGGAAGAUUUUAAAAUUUUGGAAACCUAUUGCUCUAACUGUUAAUAUAUCCUUUCUUGUAAUGCUCUAUACUUUAUGGCCCAAUGAAUGGAUUCUCAUCUUUAAAUCAUUUCAUUUUUACUAUCUCUACCAUCAUCUCUUAGUUUGCGUGUUACUAAUCUUAUUAUGGGCAAGAUACAUCAAAGUCGAAAGUUUGAAUCUUCUUUACGUUUUAUCUAUCACGCUAGUCAUAUUUUUAGCGUUAAUAAUCUUGUCUAUAAUCUUCAAACCUCCUUGCACUAUGAAUAACCAUGCCGUUUACUUACCCCGAAGGCCUGGUGUUAUAGCUCACAGAGGAGCCCAAUACCUUAGCCCCGAAAAUACCAUAUUCUCGUACCACGUGGCUAUGAAUAUGUGCGAAUAUCGAUACUCUAACUCAAACGAUGAUGCAGGCAAGUUGGUGGCCCUUGAAACAGACGUGCAAGUUAGUUAUGACGGAACUUCAUUCCUUCUACACGACCCUUAUCUCUACAGAACAACAAACAUUCGUUCUAAAUUCCCACUAUUGUUUCGCAAGUUCGCUUAUCUAUUCAAUUUCACCCUCCAGCUCAAGCUUUUGAACGCCGGUUCGUGGUUUUUAAAUAAAGAUCCCUUUAGCAAUGCUUAUCGUCUACCACCUCAAGCUUCUGCCUUGUUAUCCGCUGAAAACCUGCCUUUAUUUUCGGAGUUUCUUCGCUUAGCCAAAUUAUACGAUAAAAAUAUCAUUUUUGAUGCCAAAUUUCCAGAAGAGUGCGUUGAGAUGAUCGAAAUUAUAGAUUGGUCAAAAUUGCAUGCCAAUUGUUGUAGCCAGAAAACCCUAUUGCCAUGGAGUCUUAAUCCUAGAUUCAAAUAUUUGAUGGUGAGCUAUAAUUUGAAUCGUUCGGUUUUUCAUAAUUCGUUCGAUUGCAGACAUUUGGCCAAAAAGCUUUGCUCUUGUAAGCAUCCAUAUGGUCCUUUACUCCAACAAAUUAUUCUAGAUAAUAUAGAUCGUUCGAAAAUAUCACCGAAUAAAGUUUGGUGGAUAGCUGAUAAACGUUGGGACAAUUUAGGUGUUAAUCCUCUAAUAGAUAAAUAUCCGAAUUUCACAUACGUCUUCCCUCUCCCUAUACCGAUAACCAACUUAACGCGAUUGGGAUGUCGUAAACUUAAUUUAGGAAACUUUAAAAGCCAAAUUAGCGAUAUAAAAAACUACAUUCGCAACAAUAUAACUAUCAACGUUUACGUCGUUAACCAGUUGUGGUUAUUUUCCUAUUAUUGGUGUGUGGGUGUCGAUUCGAUAACCACUGGUAGAUGCGGUUUUAUGACAAAUCCCUCGCUAAGGCCUCUCAUGUUAAUGAAUUCAAGUACUUAUUUCGCCUUAGUGUCCAGCAUGCAUUUAUUAUGCCUUUUAUCUAUGGCUAUCAUAUUCCAAUUCAAAAUAUCUCGGAUAAACAAACAAAAAGAUUUUGUGGAUUUGUCUAAACAAGCUUAAUACUAUUUAAAAUUAUCCAUAGAAUUUUUCAUAUAAAAUUCUCAUCUUUGUAACUUUAUUGUAUUUAUGUAUUAUAUAAUGAAGAAAAAUUAGAUUAUAAUUUAAUUUUUUCCUUUUUUCAUAUAGCUAAUUUCAGGGAUAUGAACCCUCCUUCUAAAAAGAUGGGUUUGGGUUCAGUAAAAAAUCUAUCAACCCGGUUCGUGUUCAUGUGGGUUCAGGGUUAGGAGACCAGAAAAAUAAUGACUUAUUAUAAUUAGUUAAAAUAACAGAAACAUUAUUUUUUUUAAAUUUAUUUUAUUAGUAUUGCCAUAAAAAUAAUUUAUCAUCAUAUUUAUAAUAUAUUCGUGAUUAUGACUUCUCUUUAUCUUACUAUCAAUUUAAUAAUCUACAAACAUCAAUAUCCUAAAAUAGAUAUUAUUAUAUAUUAUCAUCAUUUAUAAAAAAAACUUUUAGAAUCUGCUUUGCUUGGUAAAAUUUAAAAAAUUUUACGAAAAAGAAAAAAUGAUCAAAAAUGUUUUUUUUAAUUAAUAUUUUUUUUUGUAUAAAAAAACAAUUAUUUUAAAAAUAGGAAAUUUUUUAUAAAUGAAAAUCAUAAAUUACAUGUUUUUUAUAUUAUAUUAUUUUUAACAUAUAAUUUAAAAUAAAUAAAAUGAAAGUUUUAAAAUAAAAAAUAUAUUUUUUUUAAAAAAAAAGCGUGGACUCUGAACCCUAAAUUUUAAAAAAGGGUUCGGGUUUGGGUUCAGCGAAAUAUCGAGGGUUCGGGUUCUCAUCCCUAGCUAAUUUACGUGAUAUAUUAAUGUUGGUAAACUUGAUUGACAGAUAAAAUUUUAAUUUAAUUAUGUACUUCAUUAAAUAAUUUGGUCGAAU